CCAACAUUUUCAUACUCAUCCACAACAAACACGCGAAAAAACGCAUACCAAUUAAAAAACCAAACAAAAACUAAAUAAAGAAUAAAAGGGUUGGUUACCUGAUCGAAGAGCCGAGAUGGCGAUGAUAAGGUCACCGGCAGGGAAAUUGGCGACGGUCACCCUCUUCUCCCUCGUCUUUCUAUCGGCGUACGGUUAUGACGGAAUGGUGGGAGGGAGGACGGAGGUAAAAGACGUGAAGACGAACGAGGAGGUGCAGAAGCUGGGGAGGUUCUCGGUGCAUGAGUACAACCGGAGCCUGAGGCACCGUGGCAACGGCGACGGUGGCCGAGAGCUGACGUUUGUGGAGGUGGUGGAGGCGCAGAGUCAGGUGGUGUCGGGGAUCAAGUACUACCUGAAGAUCUCGGCCACGCAGAGUGGGGUGACGAAGAUCUUCGAGUCUGUGGUGGUGGUGAAGCCCUGGGUCCACUCCAAAGAGCUGCUCAACUUUGGGCCUUCCACGCCCGCUGCACCAAAAAUUGUUCCUAUUAGGUUCUAAUGUUUGGGUUGGCCGGAAUGGUGAAUGGUCUGUGAUCACUUGGUGGUGCAGUACUCUUAUUCUGAUUUUUUCUUCGUUUUUUUUUUCUUGGUGGUGUACGUGGUGUUAGCGUGUGUAAUUUAUGUUUGCACAUGUAAUCAGUAGUAUUAAUAAAUGCAUAAUAAAGUGGUUAGUAUUAAAGUUUGUUAGACGAAAA